GAUUCCCACCCAGCUGUGAGUAUUCGGAAACCUUGAGGCGGCGUGUGCCCUGCCAGCACUGUCAGAAGUUUAUUUCUAAAAGUUUUUCUACAAUGCGGCCGGUAUUAUUCCUGUUUUAUACCGCCGAAACGGUGGUCAACAUGAUGCUGAUGGGCUUUCAUAUACGCGGCUUCAUGUCACAGGAUCUGAGCUUUCUGCCCGUGUUGGAUCAAGUGACGCACUACUUCUACACAAUCACGCUGUAUAUCUACACGGUGCUGACAAUCUUUGCCAGCAUUAAUGUGUGCACUGGCAACAAGGCCAGCAUAAUGGAGGAGAUCCUGCGCACCCUCACCGGCUGCGUUUUGUAUGUGAUCAUCUCGCUGAUGACGCUGAAGGAUGCCGAAAUGGACUUUCACAUGAUGUACAUUGGCAUGGGAGAUCCCAAGAUGCCGGAGCGGCCUGUGCAUCCAUUCUUUGAGUAUCUACGCUCGCAGGCGGUGGCCGCGUUGGUCUGCAGCAUCAUCUAUCUGCUGCACUGCCUCAUUGUCGUGGAUGUGCUGCUCUCGAAUGAGGAGUACUCUGAUGGGGAAUAUGAUUCUGAUUACGAUGAGGACGACGACAUAGACUAUAUGCCCGUGCGUUUGUAUGUGUUUGGUGAGGCGCUGCAGGAGCGUCUCGAGCGUUAUCGUUGGUUCCGUGAAUUCUCACACGAUCGCCGCAUGACCAUCUAAUGGUUGGACUCCCAAAAACACAUUUACAUUCAGUUCUGUGUGUGUUUUCUUUGCUCUAAUUAAAGCUUGAUUUCCUGCCUCUUUGCCUCCUCUGACGUCAGCGUGUAAGCAACAGUUUUGAGAGCGCCCGAGUGCUGUGCUCCAUUGACGACAAUGUGUCACAGCUAAGCAGCUGUGUGGCCUGGGUGCCCGUGCUCUAGCCAUUGCGCAUGUCCUACGCCGCUCAACCAACCAAGGAAUAAAUCAAUAAUUGAUGGGGUAAAGCGGCAGUCAAGAGCAAGGUGAACGCUGGGUGCGGUGCCUGACUGCCUGACUGCCUGCCUGCCUGCCUGCCUGCCUGCUUGCUGCUUUCAUUCAUAAAACUAAGCGUUCACUUUCCUUUGGUUCGCCCUGCUCUUGACUUUCUCAAGGCUAUUUUUAACGCAUGCCAAGAAGCGACUGCCGACUGCCGGCUGCCGGCCGGAUAUUGAAGCUUCUUAUUUGGUUCUUCUCUCUUUGUGGCUCUACCACAAAACUACGAGUAUUGACCCAAGUCAACACACACAUUUGAUAUGCAAUCAGCCUACACCAUCAAAUGUUUGCCAGUAAGUUUUGCCAAAAGUUGUUUGCACCGCUUGGAAAUUCUUAUUUAAGCGCGGAGGGAACAUGAUGUAAGGCUGUAGAUAUAAGAAAAGGAAUUUAUGUUGGCUCUGUGUUAGUUAAGUUUAAAGUUUAUGUGGGAAAGACUGAACCUGUUAGCUAAAGGAUGUCCAGAAAAUAUUUAAGUCUUACUUUUAAGAAUGUUUUGCAUUGCUGCAGGCAUUGUGGCAGCUUAAACGUAGGCUAAGAGCUAUAUUUGUGUUCAUUAUAACAAAGUUCUGGAGUGCUGGAAUGUGUAUACAAAAGUAUUUAAGCCGUGCUUAAAAAAUGCAUAAAGAAAUGUGUUAGAAGCCAAAUUACACUCUAAUUUA